CCUCCGCUGCCUUCCCGCGCCAUCCCACCCGGCCGCCUCGUUCCUCCCGAGCCCCUUUCUCUCCCCUCCCUCCUUUUUCUCUCUUCCAUUCCUUCUUUCUUUCCCAGCCCUCCUCCUGUGUACAUCCAUCCAUCCAUCCCUCCUUCGCUUCUGUUUCCUCCCAUUUUCCCCUCCCUUGCACCUCCCUGCUCCUGCCCCUAAAGCAUCCUGGGCCACUCAGUAGCCGUGGAUGCUUUAGGGGCAGGAGGAGGGGGAGGGUUGUGGGUGUUUUUUUUUCCCCUCUGCCUUACAGUCUCCGAUAGCAGAAACCAAUCAAAACUCCCCUUUCUGGGCGUUCAUCGCCAGCCCCUGUAGGCCGGGUUUAAAACCACGUUUCUUAAGUCUCCCUGUUUUCCACUAGAGAAGUGGACAGUGGCUUUCAACUAGCAAAAGCAUGGAGGACCCAGGGAUCAAAAGAAGGAGGAAACUAUGCCUUCAGAGGGAGAGAAAUCUCCUGAGGCUGAGAACAACAAUAAGAAGAACAAAACUGGAGCUUCUCAGGAUUCUCAGCCCUCCCCUCUGGCUCUGUUGGCAGCUACCUGCAGUAAAAUAGGAACUCCUGGUGAGAAUCAACCAACUGGACAACAGAUUAUUAUAGAUCCAAGUCAGGGUUUGGUUCAGCUUCAGAGCCAACCACAGCAGUUAGAAUUAGUGACAACUCAACUUGCUGGAAAUGCUUGGCAACUUGUUGCAGCUCCUCCUGCUUCAAAAGAAAACAACAACCAGCAAACUUCUUCUGUUUCAACUGCAGCAAGUCCCUCCAAUAGCAACAAUGGAAAUGUAUCCCCCUCAAAAACUAAACCAAGCAAUUUUUCUGGAGUAACUCCAGGACAAUUUCAAGUCAUCCAAGUUCAGAAUUCAGGUGGUAGCGUUCAGUACCAAGUGAUUCCACAUAUUCAGACAACAGAAGGUCAACAAAUUCAGAUAAAUCCUGCUAAUGCCACAGCUCUGCAAGAUAUACAGGGUCAGAUUCAGCUUGUUCCUGCAGGGAAUAAUCAAGCUAUUAUUACAACUACAAACAGGACAGCUUCUGGGAAUAUUAUUGCUCAGAAUUUGGCAAAUCAAACAGUGCCUGUCCAGAUUAGGCCUGGUGUUUCUAUUCCGUUGCAGCUACCUAUUGCUGGUACUCAGGCUCAAGUAGUAACUUCAUUGCCUAUAAAUAUUGGUGGAGUGACUCUAGCAUUACCUGUAAUAAAUGUUGCAGCAGGUCCUAGUUCUGGACAAAUUGUCCAAUCCACUGAUAGUGGACUGUCCAAUGGAAAUCAGCUAUUGUCCACACCUGUCCCAACAACUUCUGUUACUGCUAUGUCUGAAUCUCCUACUUGCACAACUACAGCUGCUACAUCAUUAACAGGUACUGAAACAUUAGUUAAUACUGGAGAAACAGGCCAGUAUGCAAGCACAGCAAAUAGUUCUGAAACUAGUACUGAAGAAACUCAAACUACCACGUCUGAAACAGAGGCACAAAAUUCUAGUCAGCUUCAAUCCAAUGGAUUGCAAAAUAUGCAGGAUCAAUCAAAUUCACUGCAACAGGUUCAAAUAGUAGGUCAACCUAUUCUCCAGCAGAUCCAGAUCCAACAGCCUCAGCAGCAGAUCAUUCAAGCAAUUUCUCCACAGUCUUUCCAGCUUCAGUCAGGACAAACUAUUCAGGCUAUUCAGCAACAGUCAUUGCAAAAUAUUCAGCUGCAAGCAAUGAGUCCAACACAAGUACUCAUAAGAGCACCAACUUUAACCCCAUCAGGACAAAUCAGCUGGCAGACAGUACAAGUCCAAAAUCUUCAAAGUCUUUCAAAUCUCCAAGUUCAAAAUGCUGGGCUACCCCAACAAUUAACUAUUACCCCUGUAUCUUCAAGUGGUGGUACCAUUGCUCAAAUAGCACCAGUAGCAGUUGCUGGCACACCAAUAACACUUAAUGCUGCUCAGAUUGCUUCAGUGCCUAAUCUUCAAACAGUAAGUGUAGCCAACUUGGGUGCUGCAGGUGUUCAAAUGCAAGGAGUGCCAGUCACUAUUACAAGUGUUGCAGGUCAACAACAAGGGCAGGAUGGAGGAAUGAAAGUACAGCAAGCAACUAUAGCUCCUGUUACUGUAGCAGUUGGAGGUAUAGCUAAUGCAGCAAUGGGUACAGUUAGUCCUGAUCAAAUAACUCAAGUGCAGCUGCAACAGGCUCAGCAAGCAUCUGAUCAAGAAGUACAGCCUGGCAAAAGAUUAAGAAGAGUUGCUUGUUCAUGUCCUAAUUGUAGAGAAGGGGAUGGAAGAAGUAGCAAUGAACCCGGAAAAAAGAAACAACAUAUCUGCCAUAUUGAAGGCUGUGGUAAAGUAUAUGGGAAAACAUCUCAUCUUCGGGCACAUCUUCGCUGGCAUACAGGGGAAAGGCCAUUUGUGUGCAAUUGGAUCUUCUGUGGGAAAAGAUUUACAAGAAGUGAUGAAUUGCAGAGACAUAGACGAACCCACACAGGGGAGAAAAGAUUUGAAUGUCCAGAGUGUUCUAAAAGAUUUAUGCGAAGUGAUCAUCUCUCCAAGCAUGUCAAAACACAUCAGAACAAGAAGGGUGGAGGAACAGCCCUUGCUAUCGUUACUUCAGGUGAAUUGGACCCUUCAGUUACUGAGGUUCUUGGAUCUCCAAGGAUUGUCGCAGUAGCAGCCAUUUCUCAAGAUUCAAAUCCAGCAACUCCAAAUGUUUCAGCAAACAUGGAGGAAUUCUGAAAUAAUAUUACGUAGAUGCCUAGAACUGCACUUAAGUUUACAUACUUUUCAAGAUAUGGAAGUGGGCUGGUAAAAGUGUAUUACAGAGCAGGAAAUCAUGUAUUCAGUCUUGAUUACUAUAAGUAUUCCAAGCUGGAAAAUUAGCAUAGAAAGUGUACUUUGUACAAUAAGACAACAUUAAAAAAAGAAAGUAGAACCAAUUUAUAUAGAUAAAUUAUGGAUAAAACAGAUUAGGAAAAUAUUACUUCCACACAGCACUGAUUUCUGUAGCUCUGUAUCACAUAAAUAAUUUUUGAUUGGAUUUAUCUUCCAGGAUGAGAUGUAAAUGUUUGUUGUAGCAACAAACUUUAAGAAUAUGCAACAGAAUUGCUGCUGAUUAGAGUUUUCCUUUAAAAAAAACUAGUAUUUUCAUGGGAAUUGACUUUGUCCAAAAGGCACAAUAAAGUACUCUAAUGAAGAUGAAACUUUUUUUCUUUGUGAGACAUAUAUAUUAAAUUGGGCCAUCUUUAUUCAUUUGUUAAAAAUCAGAUGGCAGCAUAUGAAAUGGAUCUGAGGUACAUCUCAGAUAAUUUUGGCCACUACAUUAUAGUAGUGUAUAUAAUGACAAUCAGUAAAUACGGAUUAUUCUCUUUCUAGGAGAGAUGAGAGAUCUACAGAGCCAGUGUAUUCUGUAGUAAAUACUGAAUUUCAGAAAUAUAUUAAACAUAAAACUUUAAUUUCUAUGUAAAAAUUAAAUUUGAUAAUAUGUGUUACAAAUCUUGUAUCUUAAUUCAUCCCAUUUCACGAUACAGGAUCUAUUCUUAAAAAGUGUUUAAUCUCUGUUUUGAAGCAAAUAAUUUAAAUAUUUAAAUUUUAUUCAACACUUGGAGAUAAUGAGAAGUAGAAUGUUAUAAGAAUGUAGCAUUUAUGCACCAUUUAUAACAUUUUUUUCAAUAGCAAACAUUAGGGUAAAUGUACUGAAUAAUUUAGAAUUAACCAAACUAACCAAAGAAAAAGAUUAGCAACCAAAAGUAUAACUCUGAAGUAAUUAUUACCUUUGCUCCUUAUGAAAAAUAUUGGCUGGGAUCCAAAGAGCUAAUUUUGGUUUGCUCAAGAGUUUCUGUCCAACAAAUAAGAAGAUUCAACCUUUUCUUACCUUUGAAAAAAAAAUCUUGUGCCACUUAACAGAUUGUGGUGCCCUCUGAGCUUAGUUAUUUGCUACUAGACUAGGUAACAUCCUCAGUGCUAGAAGGAAUGGUUUUGAUCUCUGUUUAUGUACAGUAACUUGCCCUCUUAGUGUGGUUGGGUUGUAGUUUUCUCCUUGGUAGUCCCUUGAUUAGCCUUUUGUAUACUGACAGGUUAUUUGUCUGAGUUGGUAUUCCCAAUUUAGAUCUGUAACAGCCACUUAUAGCUAAAAGGAAACAAAAAAGUCAAAAUGUCUCCACCAAUCAAUACUCAGGAAAGCAGGGAUUAACACCAGACAAUCAAGCAGUAAAUAACAGUGUGGUCAAGGAACUACCAAGAAGAAAAUGUUGUCCCCACGCUACUGGGCAAGCUGCUACAAAACCUACUUCCUCCCAGCACUGAAGAUGUUACCUAGUCUGGUAGCGAAAUGUCUUCUUAAACCACCCCAAGCUCAAGAGAAGGACUCCACAGUUCCAACCCCGAGUUAUAUGUGUUCUCUUCUAUUGAUAUAACAAUUUGUAUGCACAGAGUAUUUUGUAAAAGUUUUUUGGAGUCUAGCAAAUUUUUACAUGUUUCCGCAUCCUGUAUCACAGAAACUAAACAAACCAGUAAAUACUGAAAUUUUUUUUUUCACUUUUCAGAAAUAAAAUAUAUUCUGAACAUGUGUGAAGGUGUUGUGUCUGUAACAUGGGUUUCUUUAAUAACAGCUCACUGAAAAUAGUAAAACAAAAUGAAAAUUGUUACAGAUCCAGCAUUCUUUUUACUGAAUGCUGUUCAUCCAAUUUGGUUCCUUUGCAAGGAAUUUUACUGAAUGCUAUUCAUCCAAUUUGGUUCCUUUGGAAGGAAUGCACAUUUUGUGUAUAUAUCAAUUGUUAGCAUCUAGAUGAGCUUUAUGACAGGAAUCUCCAUCUAUCUUAAUUGUGUUGUGAACAUUUUUCCUGUGCUGCUGUCUUUUGCUGGUUUGUGGCAAUUGUUAUAAAUUUGAAUGCAGAAAAAAUAAUAUGGCUAAAAGUACUUUUUGAGUACUUUUUAAACAAUUUCAACAUAAAAAUUAUGUUUUGCAAUCUAUCCUGUUGAAAACUUCUUAAAAACACUUUUUACAUUUUUACAAUAAAAUAUUUGGAUAACUUAAAAAUACAGUGUAGGCAAUUAAAACUUCCUUUAACAAUGUGUUGGGAACUGCUUGAAACUUCAAACAAGCAACUUUUAUAAAUGUAUACAAGUCCCAGUUUUGUGACAUUGCAUGCAUUUUUAAAGAGAGAUCUACUGGUAGUUGUUUGUACUAGGUACACUUUAGGAAUGCCCUGUGUAGUGACAUAUAAAGCUGGAAGUCUUUCAUACUUUGAGCUCGCAUAUAUAAUAAAGAAAAAAAUUUACUCUGUGGUUAUAAAUUUUAAAUUUCUUACAGCCUUUAUAAAGAUUUAACACACUUUAAAUAUUAGUUGGGAUUUUUUCUAUCAUUUUGUAUAUCUUAUUUAAAAUAUUCUCAACUGAUAUAUCUGGCUUUAAAACAUCAAUUGACAAUAUAUUUAAUAUAGAUAAUAAUUAGAUAAUAACUAAUUUUCUGCUGUAGAUGAAUUUCAAUAUCAAAUGAAUAUUUAACAUUAUGCUUUACAAUCAGUGCUGAAAAAUACUUAAGCAAAAGACAUUUCCUAAUAAAAUCAUGUUAAUAGAUUUUUAAAAAUACUUUAUAAACAAAAAGGUUGAGUACUCUGCACAAUUGUUAAGCAUUCUUUUUGCGUAGUUAAGUAUGCAAAUAUGAAAUGAAAAUUAUUGUAAUCUGUGGCAAGUAUAUCAAUUUGUUCGGUGUCACAAAAUCUAAUAUAGAUAAAUUUGUCUUAGCAGGUGCACUUCUUACUCUUGGAAUUAAAAACAUUUUGAUAGUCUGUUCUGCAUACCGUUCUGAGUCCACUUUUCACUCUUGGAAGAAUCGUAAAUUUCAGUGUCCUUUAUUUGACUUGGUGGGAUAUAACUGUUGUAUGUAAUAGGGCACAGAUGUGUAGUAGUAGCUUGUUUAAUGGCAUUUCACUAUUCAUCCCUUGGCCACCAUUAUGAAAUUUUGCUUUAUUGUAUUUACAAGUGCAAAGUGUAUUUAUCAUGAUAGAAUUCCAGCGUUGGAACAGUUUUUUUCCCCUUUUUAUUAUACUUUAUUGGGAUAGGAUUGUAUACGUGUUUUCUGAUUACAUUACAAAUCGGUGUUAUGUCAUUAUCACAUUGCUUCAUGAGAAAAGUAACAAAAUACGUAACUUAGAAAAAGUUUUUGUUAGGUAAGCAUGAUGUUUGAAUCCUGUUUUUCAAUUUUAUAAUUGUUUAUUGCAACAAAAUUUGUACUUAAGUCUCCAUUUCUGAUGCCUUGUGUUUUUUGUUAAUGCAUGUCACAAUUGUCAUCCCACAAAAAUGGAUGUGUUACAAAAAAUAAUUAUCUUGAAACAGAAAUAGUUGAUGGUCAAAUUGUAAAUGUUUUGCAAAAAAAAAACCCUUAUAAAAAUUUUGUAGUAAUAUUUCACUUGUAAAUCUUUUGUAAGAAAAUAAGAAAAAUAGAAGAAAAACCCAUUCUAGAAUUUACAAAUUAAUUCUUCCAGCAAAGACUUUAAGGCAUUAAUUUUUACUAUGCUGAUUUGUAUGAAUUUUGUGUGUUUUUGUGGAUUUGGAACUAAAACUGUGUAAUGUUGCCUGCAAUAACACUGCAAGUAACUUAUUAAAUUCUUUUGGAUUUACAUGUA